AUGCACUUCCAGUACCUGGAUGCUUCUCUCCUGCGUGAGAUCCCCUUGUGGCUUAUUGUUCCUGACAACCCUCCAUAUGAUAAGGGGGCCUUCAGAAUUGAAAUCAACUUUCCAGCAGAGUAUCCAUUCAAACCACCCAAGAUCACAUUUAAAACAAAGAUCUACCACCCUAACAUCGAUGAGAAGGGGCAGGUCUGUCUGCCAGUAAUUAGUGCUGAAAACUGGAAGCCAGCCACCAAGACUGACCAAGUAAUCCAGUCCCUCAUAGCACUGGUGAACGACCCCCAGCCCGAGCACCCACUCCGGGCUGACCUAGCUGAAGAAUACUCUAAGGACCGUAAAAAAUUCUGUAAGAAUGCUGAAGAGUUUACAAAGAAAUAUGGGGAAAAGCGACCUGUGGACUAAAAU